AUGCAAGACGCGAUUGCUGCAGUGAUAUCCAAGGAAAUCAAACAACAAUUACGACAGAGUGAAUUUCUGAGCGUGCUAUCUGAUGAAAGUACGGACAUUUCUGUCACUAAGAAACUAGUAAUCUAUGCCAGAUUGAUCGAUGACGAUUUUACUCCUAGGACACGGUACAUCGGAAAUGUCAAAGUCAAAGACGGUACAUCGAGUACAAUAUCUUCAUCAUUGAAAACUACUCUGUUGGAGGAAAAUUGUGUAAAACCCCACCAACUCAUCGGUUUUGGCAGCGAUGACGCCAGUGUAAUGAGAGGAAAGCUGAAUGGUGUUUCCGUUCGUUUCCAACGAGAAAUAAACCCGUUCAUCAUUAGAAUUGCCGGUGUGGUUGUCGGCCAUCCCUUUGAUACAGUUAAGGUUCGUUUACAAACUCAGAAUGUUCAGAAUAAUAGUGUUGUUUCAAGGUUAGUUACAUCACCAUCACCAUCAUCACCAUCUGGACUACAACGAUUUCCUGUGCAUACUGUAAAACCUGAAGUGGUGGCACCACAUGCCUACAGGUCUACAUGGCAUUGUUUCGCUUCCACUGUUAAAGAAGAAGGGUUUUUUGGAUUAUAUAAAGGACUUGCAUCGCCUUUAGCUGGACUUGCUUUUAUAAAUGCCAUUAUCUUUGGUGUACAAGCUAAUACCCUGAGGCAGUUCAAAGAUCAAACCAUAGUGAGCCACUCUAUUGCUGGUGCUGCUGCUGGUGCUGUGCAGUGUGUUGUGGCAUGUCCCAUGGAGCUAGCUAAAGUACGAUUACAACUGCAAGGGAAAGGGGAGAGCCAUCACUACUAUUCCACACACAAACAUGCAUAUAAAGGUUCUAUACAGUGUAUAUACAAGAUAUAUAUUAAAGAAGGUAUAAAGGGAUGUUACCGUGGAUUGAAUUCCACUCUCAUUAGAGAUAUUCCAGGAUUUACUCUGUAUUUUGCAGCUUAUGAAACCUUUUGUACGUUUUUUCAAUCUCGUCAUCCAAAAGGUGAAAACCUUGGUCUGGCUGAAUUGAUAAUUGCAGGAGGCUUAAGUGGCACAUGUUCAUGGCUUCUGUCUCACCCAAUAGAUGUAAUCAAAUCACGUAUUCAGGCAGACGCCGUUGAAGGAACCCCAUUGUACCGCGGUACCAUUGACUGUCUGCGCAAGAGUAUUAAAGCCGAAGGGUUUAGAGUGUUUCUUAAUGGAUUAUCAGCUAAUUUACUGCGAUCCUUUCCCGUCAAUGCAGCAACAUUUACUGUGUAUACUUACUUUAUGAGAUAUUGCAAUAAUCAUUUUAAUCAGACUUAG